AUGGAGCCCAAUCAGACAGACUACAACUUGGUGGAGACGUGCUCCGAUCCCGUAGCCUAUCCCGAGUUCUACCUGCAGCAGCUCAAUGCGUUGACGUCACGUGGGCUCCCAAUCGACAUCCUGGCCUUUCAGGGCCAAUUUUUGGGCGUCGAGCCCCUCCAGCUACGCGCCCGCCUCGACAAGAUCGCGAGCGCCGGCAUUCCCAUUUGGAUGUCCGAAGUGAACGUCAAUAUCCUGGACGUCAACAAGCGCGCCGACUAUCUGGAGUUCAUCUUCCGCGAGUGCCUGGUCAACUUGGAUUUCACGCUGAAUGCUGCCGGGCAGAGAGCUCUGAAGAACGAGUUCACAACGCCGCCUCGAACCGGCACAACCGACAGUAGCGGACGGCUGCCGACGUUCAACGCCUUUUUCGGCAACUUCGAAGCGAAGAUUACCGUCGGCGGCGUCACAACGACAACAAGCUUCACCGUUCCUGAAACCCCGGGAGUAAUGAGAAACGUUGUUCUGAGCCUCAACGGCUCCUCUGCCACGCCCACCCCUACCCCGACUGCCACGUCAGCAGGCCCGACCCCCACCCCGACCGCCACGUCAGCGAGCCCGACUUCCACCCCAACUGCCACGUCAUCACCCACAAACGCGCCUUCCGGCACGCCCGCCCCCUCCCCAGCGGGUGGAACUUGUGUCGGAGUGGCCGGUUUUCCAAAUCAGUGCUACGCCCCAGGCGGUGAUACCUUCGUCUGCUGUGACGGCAGUGGGUGCGGCCCCUUCUCCGGGUCACGAGCCACGUGUGCAAGCAACCGGUACGCCGGUGCCCCGGUCUCAAACCCCACCGCAGCUCCCACUAACCCGAGCCCCACAACCGCUUCUCCGACUGCAAACCCCACCCCUGGACCCGUUAACCCGACCCCGGGACCGGUUAACCCAACCGCAGGACCGGUUAACCCGACCCCAGGACCGGUUAACCCUACCCCGGGACCCGUUAACCCGACUCCGGCACCAGCUAACCCGACUUCGGCUCCGGUCAACCAGACCCCCGCCCCGGUUAACCCGACCUCUGCGCCGGGUGCCGUUCCCAACCCGAGCCCAGCGCGCGGCGGACUCUGCGACUUCCAGGGCCAGUUCCCCAACCAGUGCUACGGCCCAGAUGGAUCCGGCUUCAUUUGCUGCGACAACCGGGGGUGCGGUCCGUUUGCAAACGGACACGCCACCUGCGCCUCCGGGAGUUACCAGGGACUGUGA